AUGCCCGAGCAAGCCUUGCUGCCGUUGACGACUACGAACUCCACAAACGACGUGUCGACGGAAGAGUGGACGGCCGAGCUUGCCGGGUUCGGGGGUUCGGCGGAGGAAGGGGCCGACGGCGCUCCUUCGGCGAUUGCCACUGCGGCUGCUCCUGCUCCUGCGGCUGCCCCUGCUGGCCGCCGACGGACGUCAAACGCCUUGGGAUACGGUGAGGCAAUGCUGGUGGCGGCCAAGGAUCUGGCCCAUCAUUGCCAGAUCCCCGGCGUCAGCGAGGCGGCGACGGCGGUGUCGAUUCUGAUACACUUGGUCUUGGACAAUCGGGACUUGACGAGCAGCGCCGGGGUUAAGCGGUGCCGGUCGAUCGUGAUGAUGCUUGAGCGGGCGGCGAAGGUGCUUGGCAAGGGUGGCGACACGAGCACGGAGGAGGAGCGCGUUUUAAUGGAAGAAGUGCACGACGCUGUCUCCGAUCUCGUGGAGCUGAUCAAAACUUUCCAGAACAAGAGCAAGCUCGGAAGGGUGUUGACAUCGACCCUGUUCAAGCGGCGCCAGGACGAGCUGAACGCGGUUAUCGACAGGGCCGUCUGGGGCCUACAUGUGCAGGUGGGGCACGACGUUGGGCAGGUUCAACACGACGUUGCCCACCUUGUGAAGGGGCCCUCUCGAGGACACUCCGUUUCUACAAUCUUCACAGAAUCGCCUCACCUUUUGAUCGAAUCGCUCCUGUGGCGGGAGGGUUCAGUUAAGCAGCUCAGGACGGGUGUUUUUUGGCCAUGUGCCUCUUGGUGUUUUUCGUUCGUCUCUAUGUACCAGAGGUCAACGGCGGACGCUCAGGCUCAGGUAGAAUCUCUGGCGCAAGCCCGCAGGUCGAGGCGGCAGCACAAGCUCGACCAGAUUGAAAUCCCCGAGGACCACGUGUCGAUCACGAACGAGGUGCUGGGAAAGGGGGGCUUUGGCGUGGUGUACCUAGCCGACUACAACGGCCACAACGCGGCGGCCAAGGUACAGCACACCACCCACGGCCUGGGCAAGCCGGGAGGGAACGGCAUACCACUGAGUGGGCCACGGACAAUAGAGUCAAACGCGCUGCGGGACAAGGCCGAGCGCAAGGCAUUCCUGCGCGAACUGGACGCCAUGAUUCGCCUGAGAAAUCCUCAUACCGUCAACGUCUACGGAGCGAUCACCUCGCGGCCGGACCGCCUGGUUCUGGUCAUGGAGCUGCAGGCGGGCGAUCAUCCAAGAUGUCUGCGCGGGGAUGGCCUUCCUGCACAGCAAGGCGACGGUGCAUGGCGACCUUAA